UUUUCUUCUUCGUCAGCCUCCCUUCAAUCGCCAUAUUGCAGCGAGAAAAGGCCUUGUUUUUUUCCGUCUCGUUUUUACUACGCGGCGGCGGUGCGGACGGCAGGGGCAUCAUCGGCACCGGCACCAGCGCCAUCGCCAGCGGCGGCGGACCGGCACCGCGGGGACAGCGCCGCGCUCCGCUCCUCACCCGCCCGGGGCUCCCCGGCGGCGGCAGCGGCGGCUCUCGGGGCUCAUCCCCGGGCCGGCGCUUAUGCAAGGGCGCCUCCUCGCCCCUUCUCCGCGGGCCGAGGGCGAGCGGGGCCGAGGCGGGGCCGCAGCGCAGGGCAGAGCGGAGCGGAGGCGCGGAGCGGAGCCGCCAGGCGCCGGGCAAUAAAGGGCGGCGGAGAGGCGGCGUCGGCCGAGGAGAGCGAGCAGCGAGCACAACAAGCGGCGCCCGGAGCCGCAGCGUGCGGGGAGAUGUCAAACGUCCGCAUUUCUAAUGGGAGCCCUACCCUGGAGCGCAUGGAGGCCAGGCAGUCGGAGUACCCGAAGCCGUCAGCGUGCAGGAACCUCUUCGGGCCGGUGAACCACGAAGAGCUCAACAGGGAGCUGAAGAAACACCUGCAGGAGAUGGAGGAGGCGUACCAGAGGAAGUGGAAUUUCGAUUUCCAGAAUCACAGGCCGCUGGAAGGCAGGUACGAGUGGCAAGCCGUGGAGAAGGGGAGCUCGCCCGACUUCUACUUCAGACCCCCCCGGCUAAGGAAAGCCGUCUGCAAGUCCGCCGGCCGCCAGAGCUUGGAUGUAAAUGGGAAUUGCCAAAGCGUGGUUUUUGUCGGUUCUCAGGGAAUCUCAGAGGACACUCACUGUGUAGCUCAAAAGACUGAUGUUUCAGAAAAUCAGACGGACUUAGCAGAGCAGUGCACUGCCCAGAGGAAAAGACCCGCGGCCGAUGAUUCCUCUCCUCAAAAUAAAAAAGCCAACACAACAGAAGAAGAGGUUUCAGAAGACUCCCCCAGUGCCAGUUCAGUGGAGCAAACACCCAAGAAAUCAAGCCCGGGAAGACAUCAAACGUAAAGCGUUUAGGUCAGUUCCCCUUAGGAUCUGGCAUUAGGAUGCAAGUAAGGGAAAGAGAGGGUGACCGAGUGUCCGUUCCGCGUCUCUAGGGGGUGGGGAGGGGGCUUUGAGCCCCCGUGGGCUCCCCGGGGGGUGUUUUUCUCCGAGCAAGGGUGGCUUUCCCCAGCGCUCGGGAAUGGGUGUGUGUCGGAGGGUGGGGAGUGGGAGGCGCAGGGCUUGAGCAGAACAAAACAAGGAGCGAAGCCCAGGCUGGGCUCGGCAGCGUCAGGGGGCUGGGGCAGGGGCUGCGGUGGGACUGACCCUGCCUUCCCGCGGGAUGGCACCGAGGGCAGGGGCGGCCCUUGCCCAGGGACCCUGCGGGUGCAGGGACGGAGCGGGAAUGCGGCUGGCGCAUCAUGUCAGAUGCCAGGGGAUUUCGGGGGGCUUCCCCUGGCCCCCGCCCCGGGGCUUUUGCACCUCCAGUGCCAGCCUUGCAUUUUGCGGCCACCUCCCGCUGCGGGAGAAAAAAGUCAAGAAGUUUGGUUUAAGGGGAAUCCGGGCACUUUCUCAAAAUCUGAGCAAUGCAAGGUUGUUCUGUUUUUGUUUGGUUUGUGUUUUUUUCCCCCUUUUUUGUUUCAGUUGUUUUGGUUUGGUUUUGGAGGCUGGCAGGGGGAAGGGAGCGGGUUAAUGGGAGGUUGGGUUGUGCAGCUUUUUUUUCUUCUUAGCUUUUUUUUUCCCCUUCUCCCCUACUCCCUUUUUGUUGUUUUGUUUUAAGGCGAGGGCUGGGGCGGGGAGAGCUGGUAAAAAUUGUGCCGGCGGUUAGGGAGCCGAGGUUAGGAGCGAGGUUGACAAAAAAAAA